GUCAACUUGUGUGCACAAAGGAUAGAUAGAAGCGUAUUCAAGAUUGUAAUUAACAACCAAAUAUUUAUAUACAAAUAUCACCUGAAAGAAAGUAAACGCGAAUAAUUUUAUUUAAAAAAGACGCAUUAUAACAACAUGAUGGACACGGUUAUACCAAAUAAUACUACGCCGUUAUCGCACAUGGUGUUGCAUAGUAGUGGUCGGCAUUUAACUCCGGGAGAAUGUGAUAUAAAACCACUUGUUACGUCACCUCCAACUAUCGGAGAAUAUACAAAUCAUAUGGCAAUGCAACAGCAAACAAGCAUCGAAGAUAUAGAAGAAGAAACGUCAAAAGAAUCGAAUUCACCGAUGAAAUCUCGAAACUACCAGCAUGCCAAACCGCCUUACAGUUAUAUAUCUCUCAUAACAAUGUCAAUACAAAAUACACCCGGAAAAGCUGUUACACUUAGUGAAAUAUACCAAUUUAUAAUGGAUCACUUUCCAUAUUACAGACAAAAUCAACAACGGUGGCAAAACUCUAUACGACAUAGUUUAUCUUUUAAUGACUGUUUUAUAAAAGUGCCACGUUCUCCAGACAAGCCUGGUAAAGGAAGUUUUUGGACACUUCAUCCUGAUGCGGGAAAUAUGUUUGAAAACGGAUGUUAUUUACGGCGACAGAAGAGAUUUAAAUCUGACAGAAAAGCUAGUUUAAAUAUAAUGAACCACAGUCGAGUAAAUGAUAUGUAUAAUCCAGCAGGCAUGCAACAGAUAAAAAUAAACCAAUCAGCUCGAGUAACUGGUCCUCCUUUAGAGUACCUCCUCCAUAUAUGCAUAACUCUUUUGCUGGUGCUUAUAGAACUUCACUCUUUCAACCAUCCUUUUGCUAUAAAGAACAUUAUUGCGCCUGAACAUGAAGGCGAUUUUAGAUAUGCUGACCCUAUGCACUUUCCAUAUCAUCCAUCCACAUUUACACCACCACCCUCAAUGUAUGGAAAGGACUCUAUGCCACCUGCAAGUAGUGGGGACUCUUUUAAUAUGUCUUCUUCAAUGUCACUACCAUUUAACCCAUACUACCAACCGUGUAUGAUGCCUCAGCAGCAACAUAGUGGUCUUGUUUAAAGUUAUUAUUUAUGAAUUCAUUUUAGAUUAUCAAAAGGAAAAUGUUCCUCGACUACUACCUACUACAUAAAUUUUAUUUUUGGAAGCUUUAUAUAUAUAUAUAUAUAUAUAUAUAUAUAUAUAUAUAUAUAUUAUCACAUAGAUUUAAAUUUUAUAUAUUUGAGUUAUAUUUUAAACAAAGUGAAAUAACUUUAGCUAAUAAUUUAUUUAUGAGCGACCGAAAACAUUUAUGAGUGGUUGUAAAGUAACCAAAUAACAUUUAAAUUCUCGAAAAAAG